GUUUGUUUUAAAAUGGCGGCGGAAGCGUCAAAACAGCUGCGCUGAGGAGGCAGGGAGGUGAGGGCGGUGCAGCAUUGGUCACAGCAUCACCAUGGACCGCUCCAGCCGGCGGCUACCUGCCACCCACCUGUAGCAUCAAGCGGCAACAUGGCGAACACGGCACACGGUACCCAGGACCGGAGAGACAGCCGCUGUGGUGUGUCUGGAGAAGCCAUAGUGGAGAAUGGCUGUGUAAUAACGGACCCGCCUGCUUCUGACCUCCACGAUCAUACCAACCACCACUGCCAUGAACCCAGCAUAGCCCCGCACAGCGAACCCGUCCUGUCCAGUUACAAUCCAUCCUGCUCCUCUACCCCUAUCUACUAUUGCAGCCCCCAGAAAAGCUACUCGGACCUGAACCAGGACAGCCACAGCUUGACUUCCCAGGACUCCGGUAUCCCGACUCUGGAGAUCAACCCUCCAGAGCCCAUCCUCCACAGCCACCAACGCUCAGGUGAGGGAGGCCUCAUCCCGGACUCCAGUGACCACUCUCCCGCCACUUUAACUUUGGAUGAUGAUCCCUCUGAUGGCAGCGGCAUCCGUAAAUCCUCCACCUUCCCCCGCAGCGGGUACGACUCCAUCCGCCUCUUCAGCCCUGGCCUUAGAUUAUCCGCCACCACAGGGAUGGGUCUCGGGGGUGGAGCUUUAAACCGCAGCGAUGAUAUCUCUGUGUGCAGUGUGUCCAGCAUGAGCACCGAGCUGUCGGUUUCCAAUGAAGACAUCUUGGAUUUCACCGUCACCUCUGACUCCAGCGCCAUUGUUACCUUAGAGACAGAUGACAGCAGUGUAGGUCAUUUCUCAGAUGUGACGCUGUCAUCAUCACCGGGAAACCCCGGAGACUUAUGGAGUCCUGUACGACCUCAUCCAGGGUCUGGGGUCAGGCAACAGGAGGAGGAUGGCAGGCAAAAGAAACUGGGACCUCUAGCAAGCUUAUUCAACAGGAGCCUGUUUGCCCGGAGAGUGAAGGACAGUCGGCCAGUGGAGCAGAGGGAUCCAGGGUGGAAGCUGUUUGGGAAAGUCCCACCACGGGAAGCCCCAGUUAAGGACCCAAAGAGAAUACAAAAGGAAUAUGAAACAAAGAGUGGCAGAGCUGGACCUGGCAACCCGACAUCUCCCAGGCAGGGUGUGAGGAAAAACCUGGACUUUGAGCCCCUCUCCACCACCGCACUUAUACUGGAGGACAGACCUGCUAACCUGCCUGCCAAGCCAGCUGAGGAGGCCCAGAAACACAGACAGCAGUAUGAAGAAAUGGUGGCCCAGGCCAAGAAGAGAGAGUUGAAGGAGGCUCAGAAGAGAAAGAAGCAGCUGGAGGAUCGGUGUAAGCUCGAGGAGAGCAUUGGCACAGCCGCCCAGAUCUGGAACCAGGAGAUCUUACCUAACUGGAGCACAAUGUGUACGUCUCGACGAGUGAGAGACCUCUGGUGGCAGGGCAUCCCCCCCAGUGUAAGAGGCAAAGUGUGGAGCCUGGCUGUGGGCAACGAUCUCAACAUCACACAUGAGCUGUAUAACAUUUGUUUGGCCCGGGCAAAAGAAAAGUGGAGGAACACGGCAGCACCUUCCUUAGAGACCGAAACUGAAGAUGCAGGUUCAUCAGAUCGGGAGUCGAGCCUGGAGCUGAUCAAGCUGGACAUCUCAAGAACCUUCCCCCAAUUAUGUAUCUUCCAGCAGGGCGGGCCAUAUCAUGAUGUGCUGCACAGCAUUCUGGGAGCAUACACUUGUUACCGGCCAGACGUUGGCUAUGUGCAGGGAAUGUCGUUCAUCGCAGCAGUGCUGAUCCUGAACCUUGACACAGCUGACGCCUUUAUAGCUUUUGCCAACCUGCUCAACAAGCCCUGUCAGAUGGCCUUCUUCAGAGUCGACCACAGCCUUAUGUUGACUUACUUUGCGGCAUUUGAAGUGUUCUUUGAAGAAAAUCUACCAAAGCUCUUUGCACAUUUCCAGAAAAAUAACUUGACCCCAGAUAUUUAUUUAAUCGACUGGAUCUUCACUCUGUACAGCAAGUCUCUGCCGUUGGACCUGGCGUGUCGGGUGUGGGAUGUGUUCUGCAGAGACAACGAGGAGUUCCUGUUCCGCACGGCGCUGGGCCUGCUGCGUCUCUACCAGGACGUCCUGACCAGCAUGGACUUCAUCCACAUGGCUCAGUUCCUCACCCGCCUGCCUGACCUCAUCCCCGCCGAGCAGCUCUUCCAGCACAUCGCUGCUGUCCACAUGACCAGCCGCAACAGGAAGUGGGCGCAGGUCUUGCAGGCGUUACAGAAAGAUCAGGAGCGAGGCAGCCCGGUGCUGAAGCGCUAGAGGAAAAACCAUCACCAGACUCAACCAGUUCCCCUCCAGCCCUCAGGAAACUGGACUCUCAGCCGGCCCGGAUGGACCUGAGAAAACUUCAAUGGGACUUAUCUGGUUGUAGCUGCUGUGAUAAACCUCAUCCCCAGAGCCGUCUCACUGCUCUAACUGGAACCAGGACCCUGGAGGGGAGGGGGGGUCUGUCAGCAACGAGGGUAGGGUGUGAAAAGGAAUACGAGGCCUUAUUUAUCUCUCACCUGUGCUCAGAGGCCCAGCAGUGGACUGCAAAGUGUAGCUGGCAGAGGCUGAAGAAUGUAUCACGCACACACUCCCACGUACACCAGGCUGAUUCAGGUCUCCACAGAGCAGAGGGCGUCACGGAGAUACUACUUACUACUACGCCCACUUAGAUUUGAAUUCUCUGCUGCUCUUUCCAGCAACACUUAUUUGUGUCUUUUCUUUAAAUGUGGCUUUUUAUGACAAAAACAAAAGUCAAAGUGUGACUCCCUAAUCUCUAAAAGAUUUGGUCAUGGAAAGAAAUACUGUAGUCCCUGAAGUGGCAUCACCAGAGUCAGAUCUGUGGGUGUGAAAUAUGUUAAGUGGAGCCUCAGCUUGUGUCUUUCCAUCUCUUUGUCUCUGCACCUUUUUUUCCCUCAAAACUUCAGUCAUUCCUUCAGUUUGAUUUUGUCCUGUGUGCUUUACAUUUGUGUAUUUUCCAGGUAGUCACUGAACCAUUCCAUGAAGUCAACUCUCAAUUUUGAGUUAAAAUCAUUGAUAUGCACGUAACCUUCAUGCUGAAGACAUAUUAGGUGUCUCUGAGAGCACCACGUUGUUACAUUCGUUUUAACCCUCUAAAAACAGGUCAUAAGCUGCCUGUAAAACACGUUUUACAGUGUAUUUAUGUCAGUGAAACUGGAGUUGAUAUCGAAGCAUGUUGCUGUUAGACACACACAACAUGCAGUGUCACAUAUGGAUGUCCCCUACCCUUAAAGAAACGGUUCACCCCCAAAUCAAAAGCACACAUUUUCCCUCUUUCCUGUAGUGCUGUUUGUCAGUCUAAACUGUUUUGGCGUGAGUUGCCGAGUGUUGCAGAUAUGGGCUGUAGAGAUGUCUGCCUUCUCCGAAAUAUGAUGUAACUAGAUAACACUGGUGCUCAAAAUGCAAAAAAAUAUAAAUUUAAAAACUCAACAUCAAUGUCUCUUUCCAGAAAUCAUGACCUGGUUACUCAAGAUAAUCCACAGACCUUGUUGUGAGCAGUUUCAUGUAGGAACUAUUUUCUUUCUACCAAACUACACCUGUCAACCGUAUCACCGUGCAGAAGGAAACGUGCAUCUACUGCUAGCUCACCUAGCACAAUUGAGCUAGCUAACAUCACAGCUCAGCCGAGGAGAAUGGCAAUAAUGUUUAAGGCCUAUUAAUACUCCCUUUGUGUACGAAAAUAGAUCCAUUCAUUUCACAUGUCGUAAACGUCACUGCCCACAUACUUCCAUGCAUCCUUUAUGUUGGCUUAGAUACUUUCACUAGAUGGCACUAAAGGGCGGAGUCCAAAGUUUCAGACAACAACAGAGAGGGUGAUGGUGGAGGAGGUCGUAAUGAUGUACCUUGUAAUGGAAAGUGAAAAAAGUUUUACUUUAUUACUCUUUUGUUCCAUUCUGCCAUUUUUAAAAUGUCUUCAUCUUGCCCCAUGGUCAUACCUCGCUUGAACUAUGUGAUACCACCCCCACAGUUUCCAGUGGUACUGCUUCGUCUUGUUUGUAUUGUACACUUUCAAGAAACAUGCACAGAUACCGACGAAUUGAACGUAGAGUACGGAGAGAACGCGCAAUCCAUGUCUGUAUACAUACUAACAUUAUGUUGCACUGUCACAAGCAUGAGCCUAUUGUCUAUGAGCAGAUGCACACUUCCUUCUACGCAGCAAUACUAUUGGUGGGUGUAGUUUGGUAGAAAGAAAAGAGUUCCGACAUGCAACUGCUCACAACUAGGUCUGUGGAUUAUCUUAAUUGACUGGGUCAUGAUUUCUGGAAAGAGACAUUGCUGUUGAGUUUUUCAAAUGUGUUUUUGGCACUUUGAGUACCACAAACCAGGUGUCAUCUAAUUCCAUUGUGUUGGAAAGAAGGCAGACAUCUCUACGGCCGAUAUCUCUUACACGAAGCAACUCACACCAAAACGAUCUAGAUUGAUAAAUAGUGCUACAGGUAAAAGGAAAAAUGUGUAUUUUUGAUUUUGGGGUGGACUGUCCCUUUACUGUUUGAGGUACAUUUCAGUUUUCUAGUGUUUGGAUUCCCGACGUCUUGGUGUGAGUGUAAUGUCUUUAAAUUUUGUAUUUAUUUAAUAUUUAUCAAAAGGACAUAAACAGGACUUGUUCCGGUCAAAUGAAGGGUUGCUGCUGAGCCUCUCACCACCCACGCACAUACUUAAUUUAACAGCACUGAGUGCACUGUAUGCUAAUGAAAGGCAGCCCUACACAGAGUAGUCAACAUAUGCACACAAGUGUGUGUGUGUGUGGUUAAAAGCAAGUGUAUACGGUACUGUAGGCGCUGUAAUCUAAGGGCCCUGACACAGCAUCUUAACCACCAGCUGUCGGUAACUGUGCAGCUUUUGUUGAGUAUUUGUGGCCGAUUGUGACCUGUAGCUUGUGUGACAUAUCUGUCCAUCUGGUUGUUCAGCUUUGCAGAUCACUGAUUUCACCCAUCAUUGCAGUUUGUCAUCAUGUUCGUCUGCUUUUAACCCAAGCUAAAGAGACUGUUUCACAGGUUCACAAAGGCAUUUGCAUAAGGGGCCAGUUUGUUUUGCACUGCACAUUCUUAUUUCCUGUCAUGUAGAACAUGUGUUUAUCAGUGGUCACCUGGCCCCGCACAUGAAACUAUGUCAUCAGUUAAGCUUUGUGGCCGCCAGCGUUGUGUAAAGGCCCUGACGCUGCUGUUCACACUGUGGUUGAUGUGUCAUUUCAUCCUGACCAGCAGUGGGUGGGGACAAUAUUUGCAUCAUUGUUGGUUGAGUUUUUAUUACCAGCAUUGCUUUGAGUUAACAGUUAAGGCUAGAGGUUUAUAGACCUGCAUUUAUUUCCUUGGAUAAUCAGAUAAGAAAGCGAAGUACCAUCUUACCAAUGAUCCCAUACUGGAAUGUUAGAUAUCUUUUUUUUUGUGAGUUGCCCAUUUUGCACAGACCUUGUAAUCAAAUGAAAUAAAAGUUGAGAAGUGCACAUAUCUCAUUGGCUGUUAGUAAAGAUUUAUUAGAUGUUUUCAGUCAACAACAUUGAAUCUGAAGAAGCUGCUGCUGGCAUUUCUAACACAGUAACGGUGUUAUUGGUUGGGAAGCUGUUUCAUCUGAUGUGUUGUGCAUCUGAUUUUAUGUACGAUCGAGUUUAGCUACUUUUGUACCCUGUACUAUUGGUGAUACCAAUUUUUUUCUUAAAGUGAAACGUCUGUGUUUUUCAAAUUAGACCCUAUUUUCCCGUGUUUUUAUGUCUAAGUAACAAAUGGAGACAACAAUUUUUUUAAUUAGUCCAGUAUAAAGCAAGUCCGCUGCAGCCACAACGACAAAACAGGCUGCAUUGUAAUCCCUAUGGGCAAUUGCGUACUGUCAGUUCGCAUCCUUGCUUGUUUUUGCCACUGACAGGCUCCGAUUGUUAUUAUGAAUGUCUGACACAUUACAGAAAGGAUCCAUACGGAGACAUGAGACGUCUUUCCUUACCUUCCUCUUGUCUGUUAUUGUUACCAAGUCUCGCUCAAGGAGAAGUCUCUUUCAAAAAUCUUCUUUUUGAUUUCUCUGUCGGGAUCCUUUCUGUAAUGUUGUCAGACACUCAUAAUAACAAUCUGAGCCUGUCAGUGGCAAAAACAAGCACUUUUAAUGGAUGUAAACUGACCAUAGGGAUUACAAUGCAGCCUGUUUUGCGUCUCUUUUAAUACUAGUCAAAUUUCAAAAAUAGUUGCCUCUAGCAGUCACUUAGACACAAAAAUGUGGGAAAAUAGGUUCCAGGUUAAAAAAUACUGAAGUUUCCUUUUAAAUGCCCGGACCACAGCUGAGGUAUGACACACUUUAAAAACAGGAAGCGCCUUUCAUUUAUAAAUCAUCCUCUAAGGUUGGCACAUGCUCGCUAACUGGUACACUAUUUGUGUUUCAGUGUGUGCAACAGCUCAGCACCAUGCAGCAUGCUUUCUGAUCACUCAUCUCGAUGCACUCCCCCCCACCCCCCAAUUCCCCCAGUGUGGUGACACACCGCAGGACUGCAAUAAAGCUUUUUGCACAUAUAUGUACGCCUUUGAGUUGUGCCUCGCAUCAUCACUUCAUGUGAUCGCUCACAGGUUUAAACGGGUUUUCCAUCAUUGACUUUUUUUUGUGCUCAAGUAGUGAUGAUGCAAGUUGAAGUGUGUGUGUGUGUGUUUGUUUCAUGUGUACUUGUUGUUAAGUGGCAUUUGUAAAAUGUCAGUUACUAGUUAGUUGUUACAUUAAAGGCUGGCCUGUGUAUGAAAUGACCCUUCCAGCUCUAUUGACACUACCUGCCUCCUGCCCCUCUAUCACAAAACACACACUGGCAACACUGUAUGAUCCACAAUGGCCAGAAACAAAAUUCAAACUUUAUUUGAAUAAAAAGUGUAAUAUGCUGUCAUUUCUUGGGUUUUGUUUGUUUUGCAUUGUCUUAUAUUUUUGUCCCCUCAAGAGACCUGUUGUACUGUAGAGGAUGUACAUGGAGACAGCAGAGGGUUACCAUACAACUUUAUCUCACUUGAACUGUAUAUAAACAAAGGUUUUAUUAAAAUAAAGAGCUGUAC